UAAACUUCAUGUCUCAAUUCCGAUGUCAACUAAUGUAAAAAAUUACCAACCUUGUUUAUAUUAAAAUUCACUUACUUUAAUAUCUUUCUACUUCUAUCUUCGAAAUCGGACUACAAAUUGUAUUUACUGAUUAUGCUGUCAUAAUUGAUUAAUAAAACACAGUUUUUUUUUAAGACACGUUUACAAAUGUAAAACAAUUUUUAAAGACUUAAUAAGGCAACAUUAAAAUUAUCACUCAUUAUCACUAUUUUUAAUUCUCAAUAUUGAACCGAACAUACCACAAAAUAAUGAAAUUUGCAUUUGAUGUCAAAUAAUGUCAAAUGUCAAAUAAAUGCUAUGAAUGGUUUAAAUUUAACGGUUUUCAGUAAUUAGCAUAGUUUUUAACUAACGAUAAAAGUUGGAAAACGAUUAAAAAUUCUACAUUUACUUUUAAUAGUUAACUGUAUAAUAGUACUAUAAGAAAUGGCAAAUCUAAGGAAUAAUUUCCGUCGCAAUUGCGAACUGAUGAGUGAAAAUGAUAUCAUGUCAGGAAUAUCCGAUUGUUCGGAUAGUAGCGAUUCUCUAAUACUACCAUUAGAUGAUGUUAAACCUGUAAAUUGUUUUCCGACUUCACGCCCACCGAACUUUACGAAAUCGCAAAUAUUGCGACACUUUGGAGUGAGAGAAAAAAAAGAAAUAGUUGCUAGUACUCCGGUUCAUAAAAUAAGGAAAAGGAAAUCAACUGAAUCAUCACAAAGUUCCAUUUCUUUGUCACCUAUCCAGAAACAAAAUUCAGUGCAAGCUUGCAAUAUUGUAUCCAUAAAGAAACCUGACUAUCAAGGACAUCUGCAAUGUGCAAAACAUUCAGAUGAUUGUGAUGAUGGUCUUCCAUGGGAAAAUGAAAAAGCAACUACUCCUGCUCAAGAUGUAGAAGUCAUUACAAAAAAGAAAAGAAUUAGUUUAAAAGGCAAUAUUAAAAAUGAACAGGAACCAUCUACAAUAAAGGAGAAGCAACAGUUUGAGGAAAUAAGGGAAGGAAGUACAAAAAAUCUAAAGGAAGUUUCUGGUUUAUUAGUACCAGUGGUAAAGCUAAUUAAACUACCUUCAAAUAUCAACAAGUCAACAGUAAAUAAAAGUAUUCAACUUUCAUGUAAGAAAAAAAGAAUAAAGAAAUCUGAACAAGAUGUAACUAACAAAUUAGAAAAUAAAGUAGAAAGUUGCUAUGAUCUAAUAAACAAUGAAGCAUUGGCCAGAGAAGAUGAUAAAUCGCUAAAGGAACCUAACAAAUGCCUUGAAAUAAAUAAGGAAGUACCACAAAAGAACGGCAAAAUAUCCAAAGAAACAAAAACCAAAAAACAAAACAAACCUAAUAGAAACAUAAAUCUGACUGUAAAUGAAAUGGACUGCAAUAAUAUAAUAGUGGAAACUGACAGCCUACAAUCACUUAUUGAUAAGGUAGAUAAAGAUGUGCAGAAAUAUCUAGGAGACAAUAAUGAUAAUGGGAUGGAUGCUUUUCCUGAAAACUAUGACACAUUUAAUUCUAUGAAAAAAAGAAGUGAAAAUCUGACUACAAAAAAGGAAUCGGACAAAACAAGUUUCUUCGGACAAAUUUUUGGAAGUGUCCCGCAGGAUAAUUUAUUGCAGCCUUCCAAGAAGAGUAAUGAAAAUUCAAACAGAAAUGAAGAAAACGUUUUAGAUUCGCCUACUUCCGGCAAAGACCAAAUAAAUAGAACCAGAGAACAUAACACUUCAAGUAAAUUACGCCCUAAAAAACUAGUUCAGAUGAAAAUUUCAACAAGUAACGCCUACAACUACUAAUUAUUUGUUUUUACU